ACUCCCGCGCUCCAGCGGGCAGCAUCCGGUGGCAGCAGGACCUGUGGCUCCCCCUGCGGGCGGCUCGGCGGCGUGCAGAGUCCGACCUGCUGGCUGGAAGGGAGCCAAGUCUUGGGCAGCAUGACGACGGAGACCUUCGUGAAGGAUAUCAAGCCCGGGCUCAAGAAUCUGAACCUUAUCUUCAUUGUGCUGGAGACAGGUCGAGUGACUAAGACAAAGGACGGGCACGAAGUUCGAACUUGCAAAGUAGCAGACAAAACAGGCAGCAUCAAUAUCUCUGUUUGGGAUGAUGUGGGCAAUCUGAUCCAGCCUGGGGACAUUAUCCGGCUCACCAAAGGGUACGCAUCAGUGUUCAAAGGUUGCCUCACACUGUACACUGGCCGUGGGGGUGAUCUGCAGAAGAUUGGAGAAUUCUGUAUGGUUUAUUCUGAAGUUCCUAACUUCAGUGAGCCCAAUCCAGAGUAUAGCAACCAGCAGGCACCCAACAAAGUGGUGCAGAAUGACAGCAGCCCUACGGUCCCCCAGGCUACCACCGGAGCCCCUGUCACCUCUCCAGGUACAUUUUCUUCCAUCCAUGACACCUCCUGUUCCCUUACUCACCUCAUCCUGGAAAGAUUCAUUGCCCUCAUGAUAUUCCUCUCCACCUAA